UCUAACAAAAAAAAACUCUCUCUAAUCGAAUCGGUGUCUCCACGACGCCCCGCUCGGCGCUCGGCCUCGCUGCUCUCUCUCCCUCCCUGUCUCGGCGCCGCCGCGGCCAUCGAUCGACCUCGAAGGAGGCGCGGCCUGCAGCCUCCACCUUCGCCCAGUCAAGUUUCUAAAACAAUCACAUGUCCAAGGCACGCAACGCCUUAGUUGUCACUGGGUUGGUGAUCUUUGCUGGUACUGGCCUAGCAUUUCCCUUCUACUUUGUGAAAUCAAAGAACAGGCCUAUUAUCGAUUCAACGAAGCCCCUGCCGCCGCAGGCUACUUUCCGAGGACCGUAUGUGAACACUGGAUCGCGCGACAUAGGGCCUGAUCACACCGAGUACCCCAAGAAGUGAUAUGUAUUUCCAUCUUGUUUUCUCUUUGUUUUUCAACGGGCAUGCAGAAAGCCGGUGAGUGGAACCCUGUAAUGUUGAUAACCGGCUCGUGAUGCCGGGCAACGCGAUUGCAGUGGUAGAUUAGCUUCGGUUUGAGGUGUUAUGUGCAGAACACAUGCAUAUGUGCGUAGUUCUUCAUGAACUGUAAGCGCUUUUGAUCAUUUCUUGUGCUCCAGUGACUACUACUUGCAAAGCGCUGUGCCGCUGUACCUUUGUUUUAGGCAAUAAUAAAUAAAUAAAAUGUCGAAGGUGCUCACCCUCCGUUUCAUA